AUGUCCUCCCCCGACUCGCGGCCUUCACGUGGCGAACCGGAUGAGCCGCUCGCUGUCUCUUCGACAGCUGAUGCGGUGACCGACAGCAAGCGGAGAGGACGACGCCAGGGGACGCGAUCACAAGACGCCCUGAGGAGGCGUCGGGCGGCAAGAGCUGCCAGGCGUCGACUCAAGCGCCAGCGUACCCGGGCACAUCGCGAUAGUUCUGAGAGGCGUAGGACACCCUCAGUUACUGCGAACUACAGUCCUCAUAGUGGUGGAUCCACCGGGUCGUACUUCUGUAGGGACGUAGACCCCAGUGUGAUACGCAUGUACACCUGGAACGUACGUUCUCAAUUAGGAUACGCCAACAGGUUGGCAGUCGUUGAGUCCUUGAAGGCGAUCGGGAGUGAUGUCCCAAUAAUCGCCCUACAGGAAACUCGACUACGAGAGGAAGUGCAAGGAGAAUCGCUAGGGGACCACAUCCUCUACAGCUCUCCUGCACUACGCGGAAUCGGUGGAGUGGGUUUCCUAGUCCAUCCCAAUGUCAGGGUUCAGUCGUGGGUAUCUGUUUCUAACAGAAUAGCUCACAUCACGCUGAACAGUGGCAUAACCAUUGUUGUGUGCUACGCUCCCACAGAGGUAGCGCCGCAGGGUCAAAAAGAUGAGUUUUGGGAUGCUGUCGAAGAAGUGGUGAGACUAGAACGUCCGGAAAUUGUCUGCGGUGACUUCAACGCCAGGCUAGGUUCAGAUCUCGCAAGGGAUCCGAUCCACGGCCUCGGCAAGGCUUAUGCCUAUGAGGAGACCAAUGACAAUGGAUGGAGACUAGUCAUGCUUGCUGCUGCCUCACAUAUGGGCCAUGCAGCGAGUCAUUUCCUCAAGCCCCAAACUCACCUUGGGACGUGGCAUAGCCCGGUAGAGAAGUGCUGGCAUCAGCUAGAUCACUUCCUGAUCCGGAGCAACAGGAAACUACAAGUGCUGGAUGUUCGUGUGAGACGGACAGUCAUGGGGUCAUCUGAUCACUGUGCACUAGAACUCUCAUUUCGUAACACAGCAACUUGUCGGCCCACCCGGCGUCUGCAAGGACGGAAACUAGCCUCACGUUCUAUCGUUGAUAGACGGGCUUUUAAUGCGAAGGUCCGCGAAAAGGAAGCCCAGCAUGAGUUCGAGAUGGAUAUGAUCCAUACUUGUCCUCAGGAUGGUGCCUACUCAGACGUAGUCCAUGCAUUUCAAGCUUCCAUGCAGCGCACGGGAGGGGAUGACAUCACAUUGGAUGAGGUGAAGGACUCUCUCUGCUCUAUGGAUAAUGGUAAAGCUCCCGGAGCAAAUGGGGUGCUCACAUCAGCUUUGAAAGCCGGUGGUGAGCAUUGUCUGAGGAUCUUACACCGCUUGUGCAAAGAGUGGUGGAGUGAACCGGAGACUAUUCCCAGAGCUUUAGGACAUUCCAUUAUUAUCCCUUUCUAUAAGAAAGAUUUGAAAGCAGCCUUCGAUAAAGUACCUCGUCCUGCGAUCUGGAGAGCUCUCAGGCUAGCCGGAUGUGAUGAGAAGCUCAUUUCAGCUAUCGAAUCACUACACCGUAAUACUGUUGCACAGGUUAAAACUCAGGAAGGUUUAUCUGACCCUUUCCCAAUAGAUAUGGGAACUAGACAGGGGUGCCGAAUAGCGCCUCUUCUAUUCAUCAUCUUCAUGGAAAUGGUGAUCAGAGAAGCCAACCUGGAUAUCAGCUUGAGCAUGCCUUGUGAGAGCGAGGGCAGUACGGAAUCCGUGGACCUCUCAUGUCUCCUGUUCGCGGACGACAUCGUUUUAUUGGCGAAUGAUGAUUCUAUUCUUCAGCGUAACUUGGAUAAGCUUUCGGCAGCUUUGACUAGGUUUGGCAUGGAAGUGUCCUUACCUAAGACGAAAUGCAUGAUCUUAUCUGAGGGAUUGGGUGAUUCCAAUCUGCGUUUGAAGAUAGGUGACUCUAACGUCGAAGAAGGAUCUAGUAGCGCCAUAUCGGCACCGGGCGAUAGCGGCUCUUGGGAAACUAAGUAG